AUACUUCAUCGAUUGGAAGAAUGAUGUGGACAGCUACUUUACAAUAGAUGCUACUGAAGGAACCAUUGCUACUAAUGAAUUACUGGACAGAGAAAGCACAGCACAGUACAAUUUCUCUAUAAUUGCAAGUAAAGUUAGUAACCCACUAUUAACCAGCAAAGUCAACGUUAUAAUAAAUGUCCUGGAUGUCAACGAGUUUCCUCCUGAAAUUUCAGUUCCAUAUGAGACAUCUGUAUGUGAAAAUGCCAAACCAGGACAGGUGAUACAGACUGUCACUGCAGCAGACAAAGAUUUGUCACCAGCUGGGCAAAGGUUUUCCUUCAGACUGUCAGCUGAGGCUUCCAACAAACCAAAUUUCACAGUUCAUGACUACAGAAACAACACAGCUGGGAUUGAAACCAGGAGAAAUGGUUACAGCAGAAGGCAGCAAGAGCUGUACUUUCUUCCAGUAGUGAUAGAAGAUAGCAGUUAUCCUGUCCAGAGCAGCACAAACACAAUGACUAUCCGUGUUUGCAGAUGUGAUUCUGAUGGUACCAUCCUGUCCUGCAACGUGGAAGCAAUCUUCUUACCAGUAGGCCUCAGCACAGGAGCGCUGAUUGCAAUCUUGUUGUGUAUUGUUAUACUUCUAGUCAUUGUGGUACUGUAUGUAGCACUACGGAGGCAGAAGAAAAAAGAUACCCUGAUGACCUCUAAAGAAGACAUCAGAGACAAUGUUAUCCAUUAUGAUGAUGAAGGAGGUGGAGAAGAGGACACCCAGGCUUUCGACAUAGGUGCCCUGAGGAAUCCCAAAGUGAUUGAAGAUAACAAAAUACGCAGGGACAUAAAACCAGACACCUUGCGUUUUCAACGUCAGAGACCACCAGUGGAAGAUAACACAGACAUAAGAGAUUUCAUUAAUCAAAGGCUGCAGGAAAAUGAUGUAGAUCCAACUGCACCCCCUUAUGACUCCUUGGCAACCUAUGCUUAUGAAGGAAAUGGAUCUGUUGCAGAGUCUCUCAGCUCUAUAGACUCCCGUACUACAGAGGCAGACCAGGAUUAUGACUAUCUGAGUGACUGGGGACCUCGCUUUAAGAUCUUGGCAGACAUGUUUGGAGAAGAAGAAAGUUAUAACCCUGACAAAGUCACUUAAAUACAACUCCAACAGUGAAAUAAAAAUAAAAGUAAACCAACAACAAUUUUAAAAGAUAAACCUAAGCUUUAUAAUAUGACAGGAUUUCUUUGAUUAUAAAAGACAGCAACUGUUUCCAGCAAGUUAUGACAUUUAUCAUACUGUCAGUUUUGGUUUGAUCUGCAAAGGAAAGAUAAAUCCUGUAAUAUACACAGCUUUUUUGUUGUUGUUAUUUUGUUACUCUGGAAUUACACUGAGACAAGCUCAGGUCUACAAGGUACAGUUUACUGACCUGACUUAGAAAGAAGAUAGUUUUCUGGCAUCACAGUGGAAGAGUGGUAGCUUUUUCGUAAUUCCACUAAAGUGCCUAUAAACUUUUAUCAUUUCAGUGGUAAAGAGUCUACUGUGAUGGUGUUACAAAACUGAUUGAUAAACUGGACAAGAACUUUAAGACAAGAAGCAAUAGCAACAUGCUGACUUCUUUUAGAACGAAAAUGGAGAUCACUUCCUGGAGUAUGUCUAAUGACUAAAACUAAGGGGAGAGGGGUGUACAUUGUGUUUGGGGAUUAUGUAUGUUUUUUUUUUAAAGAAGAAAACAGUAUGUUGAGACAUCAUAUUUCCUCUUCCAAAAUUUCUCUGACAAUUUAAAUUUAAACUGCUGUUGCUCACUCUG